CAAAGACAGCGAAUAGCUCUCAUAUGUCGUUUUCAUCUUCUCCUUUCUCACAUGUGCUCUCUGAAUUCAUCUUCUCCUUUGGGCUAUGAACUUUGAAACAAUUUUCAAAUCAAAAGUCUUCAAUCCCUUAUCCAUGCAACAUCUACUUCUCACACUGUCAAAGCUUCAGAAAAUCCAUUUUAAUCCCUUAUCUCUCUUCAAAUCCUCCUCUAAUUUGGGAAUUUUUUCUCAUGUCUUUACAAGAUGAAAAACCCAAUGUUGAAUAAUACCCAUUUUAUUGAUUCAUUCUCUGUUGAUUUUGCAGGUUUGGUCAAGGCGCAUGCUGUUGGCAUCAAUUUUCAGAUUUUCUCCAAAGGGAUAAGAUCAGAUGAAUAGGUAAAAGGUAACUUUGAAUUUCAAUUUCAGAUUCUCCCGCCUUAGGGUUUAAUCGAUUUAUUCAUUUUAUAAUUGAAAUAGGGUUAGAGGUUUUGUCUAUUUAAGCAGGUAUGUAGUUUAUUGUCUCCGCUGCACCAAACAAAUUCAUACCCUCCACACCUAGUCUGUUUUACUUCCUUUUUUCAAACACGCUUUUAUUUUCGAAAUUAAAAAAAAAAACCCUUUUUUUUUUUAAAAUGGCUUUCAUGAUUGGUAAUGGUGAACAUUUUUCUGAAAUUGAAAAAAUUGAUUCUGAGAGAACAAGUUGGAAUUUAAAGGCAAAAAUUUUAAGGCUAUGGGAAGUUUCUGAUUUCUCUCGACCUAACAGUCCUUUCUCUUUAGAAAUGGUUUUGAUGGAUUCUGAGGGUGGUAGAAUCCAUGCUACUGUUAAGAAAACACUUAUCUAUAAAUUUAAGGAUGAUUUAAGUGAAGGAAAAGUUUAUAGUUUUGAAAAUUUGGGGGUUUCGACUAAUGGUGGAGCAUACCGUACUACUCAGCAUCGCUACAAGCUGAAUUUCCAGUUUGGAUCGGUGGUUCAGAGGAUUACGAACCAUGAUGUUAAGGGAUCUCCUUUUCAUUUAGUUCCUAUUUCUGAUGUUGUGAGUGGAAGUUAUGAUACUGACUAUUUAGUGGAUGUUAUAGGGGUGUUGACUGGUGUUGGAACAAAACGUGAGGUAACAAGCCAGCAUGGAUCUACCACUAAGCUUAAUGUGAUUGCUCUAGAGGCACAAGGGCAUAAGAUUCAAUGCACUCUAUUUGGUCCGUAUGUUGAUGAACUGAAUGCUUUUAUUGCUUCUGGAGAUUACAACAAUGCAGUAGUGAUUGUGCAACUAGCAAAGGCCAAGACUUUUCAAGGAGGAUAUAGCUUUUAACUAGACUACAUGUGUUGACUGAAAGGCAUGGACUGAAACCAAAAGGUAUGGAUAAUAGGGCUCAAGCCAUUUAGGAAUUUCAGUGAUUUAUGCCCAUUGUUUUGACCAAGGAGUUGAGGGCUCAAGCCAUUCAGGUUAGUCUAUGUUACUUGAUGAUAAAACUUUAAAAAAAGGAUUGAACCAUUACUUGAUUACUCAACCUGAAAUGAAUUUUCUUCACUAUUUCAUGAGUAUGUGAUAGUUGCAUUUGGUAAACACAUGGCUACAUUUACUAAACCUGAAAUUGCACCGAUAUGUGAACUUGAUAUCUAUUAAUUCUAUUAACAUUUUUGGAUUCUUGACUUUUUUAAAUUGUGAUUGCAUUUGGACUGAAAUUGAUUUAAAACUGCAUAGUUCUUUCAAAUUGCAUAAUUCUGUUCAUGUUAUUUUUGUUCAAGUAAAAAAUGACUAUUAUCCUAUUUGACUAUUUAAUUAUCUUUCCUUAUAUGUUCAUUUCUUAUAACAUGAAUUUUUAUGUUCUUUGAUUUGACUAUCUAAUUAUCGGUUCAAAUUAGUCAUUAGAUGUGUUUGAGUUGGCCUUGCAUUGAUAAUUUUUAAUGUUUAAUUUUAGUUGAUUUUACUCUCAACACUUUGAAAAUCCUAUUAACCGUGUUGUUUGAAAAACCUUUGCAUAAUUUAGAUGCUUAUAGUAGUUUGAUCCCUAAACUUACUACCUCACAACACAGUUACAAUAGCAAGUAACAGGGCAUUAUUGAUCUUUAUAUCAAUUUAAUGUCAGGAAGUACCUUAACCAUUCAAUCGAACUAUUGUGCAUUCUUCUCCAUAUGCAUUCACUUUGAGGUUAAUCUAAUUGGCUUAAAUAAAUUUGAGAGUCCCAAAUCAGUUCAUAUGGACUACUUUUACUCAAUGGUUUUGAGAUUAUGAUUUUUUAUUUUUUUUUACUAUUUUGUUACACUCCUAAAAGAGGCUAAACUAUUGAAGAUUGUUUUUAUUUUCUAUAUGAAUUCAUGUUUGUUAAAUUUCAUGGAUCUAGGUUAUCCAUGAUUGUUAUGAUGUGUGGUAAGUGUCUGAUAUGGUUGAGUUUCAAAAUAAAUAUCCUUUAAAUCUUUAUCUUCUUAUUCAUACAUGACAUAUUUUUAUUGCAUUUUUUGUAUGAUAAACAUCAAAGCAUUUGGAACUAUUCAAAGGAAAUGCUUAUUAUUAAAUAAAUCUCAAUAAUUGAUGUAUAUAAGUAGAUGGAUUGUUUUAUUUAUCUUCUUAUUAAUUUGCAGAUUUUGAUAACAUGAAUUAUGAGAUGAUAUUUGGGCAGGAUCCCAGCAUCAACAAAUAUUUGGUCUGAUAUGAACUUCACAUCUAUGUAUAUCUAUUUGGUUUUGAAAAUUUCAGAAAUUGUCUUUUAUAGUUGUUUAUCUCUUUUCUUUCUCUACAAACUUCUCAUUUGAUUGUUUUGGAUCACCAAUGAUAUAAAAAAAGUGCAAUUGUUUGGAUUUAUUGGAGUGUUUGUUAUCAUCAUGGAGGGUUAGAGAAGGUCGACGAUGAGUGACAGAGGUUGCAGGAUGGAGGUCGCAGCGACUGCACACAAUUGGUUUCAAGAGAAUUUCACCAUUUUCUUUCUUCUUUUUCUUGCUGUUUUUUUCGCCUAAUUUUGUGUGUAUCAUUAUUUCUGAUUUGAUCUUCUUUUUUUUUAUAGGGGGGUACGUUUCUUGCAAGACAACAAUUGGGGAAGAGAGUAACAAUCAUGAACUCUUGAAUGUUUUAGGCUUUGGACAAUUGCUGAAUAUAAUUUUAAUGUUGAAGAAUAGAUGCAGUUACCAUCACUGUUUUUUGUUUUUGUAAUAUUUUUUAUACUGUUAAGAGGUAGAGCAAAAAUUGAUCCACCAGGCUGUCUGUCCUAGGUAGCAUGUGAGAGCUGCUCCUUCUUUCGGCGUGUUAGUUAAGAUAACAUUGAAGCCGAACCUAACGUGGCUGAUGCAGCUGUAGUUUUCCUUAGAUUAAAAGCUGCAUUACAAUGUUGCCACUGCCAUUUAUCCUAUCAUUUUAGAUUGAAUUUUGAAGUUCAUAAUUUAGUAGGUGUAUGUGGGGAAGUAUUGACUCCAAAAUUUGGAUGGGAUCUAUCCCCACAUCAGCAGCUGUCAUGGUCUACUGUAGUAUUAAGGCCAUUGAAGAACAAGAUAUUUAUUGGUGAAAAGCACUAAAGCAAUAGAAACGACCCCAUUGUCUACUAAUAUUACUGACGGCAAUGAAUGUUGUAUUUGUUGUUUCAAA